AGUUUUGAAUGUGCGCAUUCGCCCGGACGCUAGAAAUCAAUCGAUCCAGUGUGGCGCAUGGAAUUGUAAAGCAAUACAUUGUUUUUAAUGGCUUAUGAAUACGUCGCAUUACAGUAGGCGGAGUGCCUGGUAAGUGCUCUAAGCCUCUCUCUCUCUUGGUCCUGUAGUCAGUAGUGGUCAGGGUAGCCACGCAAGAGACUCUGAGCAGACCCAUAAAAAGAUUUACAUACAAAUACAUGUGACUAAAGUGAUGGGAAGCUGAGGGAAUUUCUAAGUCGAGGAAAAAAAAGAGUUUUCUUUUCACAACCCUGGAAUGGUUUACCGUGAAGAGAUACGAUAAUGUGAAGAACUAUGUGUCUUUACGCAUGGAAACACACAACAAUGGAGAAUAAGAUGAGGACCGAAUCGUGCCCCUCGAGUAUACAACACUUCCGUGGCGUCUAGACACGGUGAAAAAAACUGGACGGAGCGCGUUAUAAUAAUAUAUCUGGCUGCUCUUUUUGUUGAACGCUGCACUCUACCUAUCUUAGAACAUUUCUACGAGCUCAAAGAAAGGAAUUACUUCCUUUUCGUGACCCUCGACCUCAUACGGAGAAUUCAGAACAUUCUUAAAAGCGAGCAUAGUCUAACAGUCUGGAAAGAGGGCAAGUGACAGUUGUCCACCAGCACGGAGUCGUGACUACAACUACACUUAAAAUGAAUUAAGUGACCAGUAUGCAGUGUAUAUCAACCAGGAGAAGUAACCAACAGCUAUAUACCAGGAGAAGUGACCGCUGUGUCUGAGAUAAAAAUUUAAAAAAGCGACCAGUAUAAUAUGAUCAAUUAGGUGGGACCAGUGUGCUUAAAAACAGGAAGUGACCAGUGCCCAUCAGCCAAGAGAGGUGACCACUUUUCACUAGUUGGACGUGGUGAUCACUGUAAUUAAGAUAAUAAAAGAGGCCAAUGUGCUUUUACCACCAUCCUUGAGGUUACGAAAGUAAUCAUUGCCGGUUAUAAAGAAAAUUUAUCCAGGUGUCCACCUGAUAGGAGCCGUGACCACAGUAUUUAAGGCAAAGAAAGCGACCUGCGUCCAUCAUCAUUUAGGAACCUUUUCCCACUAUCCUUAAAGCAGAGGCAGUGUGCAUAUCUGCCUCAGAAGAAAAAAGAAACCAGUGUCCAUCAGCCAGCACCAGCAGGAGUCUUUUACCAGUCUCCGGGACAGAAGCAGUGUCCAGAAGGGUCCCAGAAGAAAAGAAAAAGGCCAGCUCCCAUCAGCAUCAUGCGUCUGUUCUUGCCGCAGUCGGUGACGUCAGAAGAGGCGGUGACGCCGCCGUUCCUGAGUGACCGCGAGGAGGACACGCGCCUGGCCCUGCUCAGGGACAGCACGAUGCACGUGAAGGAGGGGAACCAGAGGCUGCCUACACCGGAGAAGAAAGCAAUAAUGGAGUUGUCGUCGAGUUUCGAAAAAAGGAGACUCGGAAAACAGCAGCAGAUCCUCUCGGAAAUGACGCAACGAUGUCGGGAACAGGAAGUGACGGACUUGUCGUCCAAGAUCACGGCCAAGUGCGACCUAAAGACACACGGGCGAGGCCUGCACCUGAACACAGCCAGAGACAACACGUUCUACUCCACCACCAGCACAUUCAAAGGCAGCAAGCACAGGCUCUCGGACGUACAGCUGGAAGCUUUAGACACGGGAACGUUAUCCCCGGACGGGAGCAGGAAAGUGAACGCGGAGAAGACGUACAAAUUCUUCCCAGCCCGCCACAUCAUGAGACAGCAAACCAAAACAAACUUCCUGACAGGAAGCCAAGCAGCCAAAAUCGCCACAGUGAACGUCCCGAGAAACCUGCGACGAUCCACCGAGUACUACCUGGACAGCCACAGGUCUCCGCGCUACAACAGCCUGGCUCACGGCCUGGACGCCGGGGACAGCUCCAGACGUUUCCCACCGCCAAUACAUCAACACCCGGCCCAGGUCAUAGCCGCGAAACCCGAGACGUUGGCGCCGUUAGUGUUGCCCAGAUUGGGCAUGGUGAGCAUGGCGUACCAGGACAGGAUUGACUCCUACAUCUCCUCCAGUCGUCUGGCGACGGUCCCGCGCACAAAGACGAUUUUGGACACGUCAUCCGUGAGUGGGCGAAGCUACAACAGCUUGCUCAACUUCAAUUCUUCCAAGCGAGAGGCCACCUUGCACGGCCACGACAAAGGAGACCAUUCAUUGGUUAACAUUAAGCAGAUGCCCGACGAUGACUUGACCAGCAUGGGUUCCGUGGUGGGCCGUGGCUUUGGAAAUAGCGCGGACAAUCUCAUUGGCUGUCACAACGACCAAUAAGAAUGAGAGUUACGUGGGCUCUACGUAGAACUGUCGUGAAGGAUAAAAUGCAGCUGGUUAUCUUACAGGGGACUUUCUUUUAAAAGAGGGGCAGUGUGCCAUUGGCCAUGCAGGAGGCUGAGGACAACCAACUGACAAACUCUCUGAACUAAUCAAAGUUGAAAGGUUUUUAAAAAGCAUUAGCCAAACGUGAGCUAAUGAAUGAAGGACAUGUGGCAUGUUUUAACUGUCGUCAGUUGAAUAUGCGAUAAGAAAUCUUAACUUUGUUUCUAAUAACGUCACAGAGUCUGUGGGAGCCGGGUUUGUCGAAUGCCAAACUUGUCGUUCGUGAAUUUCAGUAUGUGAGCGUACUGUUGGUGCUGUCUGUUGCUUCGUGACGGCGCUUCAACAAUUUCUAUAGCUGUUAUAGACUUUUACCUCUAGACUGCGCAUUGCCAUGACCGCCACUAGCACUCUUGUUCCCUAUGAAAACUUUUCUGCGAAGCGUGUGAGUCACUGACUGUACCAUUACACCCAAAAUGAUGGGCAAAACACCAGUCUCGCGCUGCUCGAGCGUACUCGAAACUUUUCCUCACGUGUCCUUCUAAUUAUGUAAAAUGGUGCGCUCCAUAGUUAACCAGAUAUACGUCAGACUGCACCAUCUAUGACAUUGUCGAACAAGUGUAUGAUGAGUGUUCGGAUGACCAUAAAAGAAUCAAUCUGGAUCUCACACAAACACAGCUCAACGCCCCCCCCCCUCCCCCUU